UUCAAAAGAUCACCUCCAAGUACAGAAGUACUAAAAUACAGGUACUUCACGAUAAAAUCUUGUGUUCUGCUGCCGGCAGUAGACACAUAAACGCAAAUUCAUCGGCCAAUCUGUGUCCGCCAGAUUACAAAUCCACAAAUCCAUUUUAACCGUAUAAUCACGCUGACUGUGUACAAUCUUGAAUUACCCAUAAAAAUGGACAAGGGAAAAGCAGUAAUGGGCUCUGGCCGCCGAUGGGCCGUGGAAUUCACCGAUAAUUCCAGUUCCCCUUCUUCCCGUGACAUCCCGGAUCCACCUGGAUUCACCCGUGGCGCUCACGACCAGGAUGAUUUAUUGGUUAAUAAACAAAAGAAAGAUGCUGAAGCUAACUGGAAAUCCCAGAAAGCAUGGGAAGUUGCACAAGCACCUUUUAAGAACUUGUUCAUGAUGGGUUUCAUGAUGUGGAUGUCUGGAAGUACAGUUCAUCUCUUUAGCAUCGGUAUCACUUUUUCAGCUCUUUGGCAGCCGAUAAAUGCUCUUCGAGGGGUUGGGAAAGUUUUCGAGCCUUACAAGGACAAUAAAGUGGAUCUCCUACUGCCAAAAUUAGUCUUCAUUGCUCUUAAUUUGGUUGGAUUAGGAAUGGGGGUUUGGAAGCUUAAUACAUUGGGUCUUCUUCCAACUCAUGUAUCAGACUGGGUCUCAUCCUUGCCUCCUGCUCAGGAGGUCGAGUUUUCUGGUGGAGGUAUUCCUCUUCAGUAACUCCUUUCCAUGGAAAUGCAAUUUCGAAAAUUUUGAUGGAUGGAAUGAGAAUUUCGAAGCAGGAUGAUUUCCGCUGUUCUUAUUGGUGAUUAAAAUAAUUUUUUUUUUAUAUAAUUUAGGGUGACACGUAUUUCUUGUUCCUGUUCUAUAAAUUGUGGAUGGCUCUCCAUUUCUGUUGGCCAGAAAUCUGUGGCCACGAUUUGUUAUCAUGUCUAAGUUGACCUUCAGAAUUUAAGAUUUAGCUGGAUUGCAAUAUGAAUUAUUAUGAACUUAUCGGUUUGAAGAUUUACUACAUGACUACUCUGUUCUGUGCUUCUGAUCUA